AUGCUUCUGACGAGCGGAGACCCGAGCGACCGCUACCCUCUCUCCGGCGAGGGCGGUGGGAAGUUGCCGGCGCGGGUUUACCGGCGGCGGAGCCUGGGCUCCUCGGUCUCCGCUCUCCUCCGAGGGCGGGCGUGCCACCUGCUCCAGGGCGUCCUCCGGUGUCUGUCCAGAUCGCAGCCGGCGACGAGAGUGACCCGCUGGACCCCGUCUGACCUUCUGCGCUUCAGCGCGUGCGCGGUCGCAGAGGCCGCCUGGGACCCCGUGGUGACACUGAGCGGCAGGUGCCCCGUGCCGGCUGGCUGCCCUCGGGAACGGGCCUCGCCCCUGAGCGUCCCAUUCCCUCAUCGGGGCAGCUGCGGUUUACGGGGUCUGUCCAUCUUCCUGAUCGAUGGAGUGUACAGCCCCGAGCAGCAGCAGCGGCAGCAGCUCGUCCAGGAGGAAGUCCAACGGUCCAAGAGCUCGGCGGCCGCCGCCGCCGCUGCCGCCGAGGUUAAGGAGCAUAAGGCGGGCAAGGCGGGCGAGUCGCCGCUGGCCAACAGCCUGGGCCUGCAGACCUACUCGGUGGAGAUGCCCGCCAUGUCGCCCGGCGGGGGCAUGAUGGGCGGCGGCGGCCUCGACGAGCUCCAGAAAAGGGUGCCAAAGCUCAUCUUCAAGAAAGGAAGCAGGAAGAACACAGACAAAAGCUACCUGAACUUCGUGUCGCCGCUGCCGGACCUCGUGGGGCAGAAGUCCUUGUCGGGGAAGCCCGGCAGCUCCCUCGGCAUCGCGGCGAACGCCGGCACGGAGACCCUCGGCCUCCUGCAGGGCGCCGGCGGCAAGCAGGGCCCGAUGAACAGCAAUUACGACGAUGCCAUGCAGUUCUCCAAGAAAAGGAGGUACCUGCCCACCGCCACCAGCAACAGUGCCUUCUCGAUCAACGUGGGCCACAUGGUCUCCCAGCCGUCCGUCAUCCAGGCCGCCGCCGGGGUCAGCGUCCUGGAGAGCGAGGCCCCGCUGUCGCUGAUCGACUCCUCCGCGCUGAACGCGGACAUCAAGUCCUGCCACGACAAGUCCGGCAUUCCUGACGAGGUCCUGCAGAGCAUCUUGGAUCAGUACUCCAGCAAGUCGGAGAGCCAGAAGGAGGACCCUUUCAGCAUCGCCGAGCCGCGCGUGGAUUUACACGCCUCAGGAGAGCACUCGGAGCUGGUGCCGGAGGGGAGCCUGAGCCCCGGGUCCCAGACCCCCUCCAGCGACAAGGCGAUGGUGUUGCAGGAAUACUCCAAAUACCUCCAGCAGGCGUUCGAGAAAUCCACCAACGCAGGUUUCGCGCUCGGACACGGUUUCCAGUUCGUCAGUCUGUCCUCACCUCUCCACAACCACACGUUGUUCCCGGAAAAACAGAUUUACACUACGUCUCCCUUGGAGUGUGGUUUCGGCCAGUCUGUUACCUCAGUGUUGCCAUCUUCGUUGCCAAAGCCUCCUUUUGGGAUGUUGUUCGGAUCGCAGCCGGGUCUGUACCUGUCUGCUCUGGAUGCCACCCACCAGCAGUUGACCCCUUCCCAGGAGCUGGACGAUCUGAUCGACUCUCAGAAGAAUCUAGAGACUUCCUCGGCCUUCCAGUCCUCAUCUCAGAAACUGCCGAGCCAGAAGGAGCAGCAGAAAAACUUGGAGUCCUCCACCAGCUUUCAGAUGCCAUCUCAGGAGUUAGCGAGCCAGAUGGACCCUCCGAAGGACAUCGAGCCUCGAGCAACGUACCAGAUCGAGAACUUUGCACAGGCGUUCGGUUCUCAGUUCAAGUCGGGCAGCAGGGUGCCAAUGACCUUUGUCAGUAACUCUAACGGCGAAGUGGACCACAGAGUCAGGACUUCGGUGUCAGAUUUCUCAGGGUACACAAACAUGAUGUCGGAUGUGAGCGAGCCAUGUAGUACGCGAGUAAAGACGCCCACCAGCCAGAGCUACAGGUAAGCCCCAGGUGACAGGCUGGCGGUCGAAGGAUGCGGUUUCUGUUUCGUUCUGAGAACACUGCCAUUGGAAUGUUUGUACACGAUCCUCUUAAGAAUAAUGUAAUGCCCUUUCAAUGCAACUUUUCAUAUUUAGUUUAUUUUGUUAGUGUGAUUUUAGCUCUGUUUCUAUUAUGAUUUUUAAUCGAAAUCAAUAGAUUAAAAAUAGUUUGACAUUCAAAGUGACAAUGUUUAGCAAUCAAAUUUACAUGUAUAGAUCGUCAGGGAAUAGCCCAAAAGUUUUAAAUGCAAAAAAAAAAAAAGAAAAAAGAAUGGAAAAAAAAAAGAAAAAAAACUAUGUAAAAAUACAAAACAAAAAAACUUUGUUGCUAGGAUUAAGGUUAUUCUAAUUGCUUUACUCUCAGGAAAGUGUAAUAACGCAUGGGAAUUCUGUACGCUAUCACUGUAACGGGAUAUCCAGUUUACAGAUGGUAUGGUAUACGUUUCACCAUUUCAGUAAGGGAUCGAAAACAUUUCAAAUUGCUCUGUCUGGGCUGAUAAGAUUUACAUUUCAUCGUUUGAGUAAGGGAUCGAAAACAUUUCAAAUUGCUGUCUCCAUCUGGGCUGAUGCGAAGUUCGAGAUGUGGGCGACCCGUGUUCUGUGGCGGCUUCUUACUGUGCCCUGAGCUUCCCGACCACGUCCAUCCCAGCCGGGCAGGACGGAUUCUGGGACCUUUGAUCAAAGCCUGGGAUGAUAGCUUUAAUUAAAGAAGAAAUAAUCUUUAAAAAGCACCCUCUCCUUGCCCCACCUGUGACCAGGCUGCGGUUCCAUGAGGAGUCAGUCAGCUGACGUCUGGCCAGUGUUGAAGCCUGAGUCGGGUGCCAGUGUUAGGACCCACGUUGGAAUUACAUAGUUUGAAACGGGGGGUGUGUGUUGUUGUUCUGCGCAGCCGGGAGGCACUGUCCUCUUGUCUGGUACACGUCACCCACACUUCUGGGUGCUUGUGUUUUUGUUUUUUUUUCUCCUUCUGAACCUACGCUCUUUCUAAGAGUUCUGGGCCUUGUCUUGACAGUUUCAACUUUAGAAUGAGUUACAUUCCAAUAAGCAUCUUACAUGCCUAUGGCAUCCAAAUACUAAACAAUAAGAUGAACACCUGCCACUCCCCACCUUGAACAACAACAACAGAACCCCAUCUAGAUUUUCACGUGUCAUCACGCCCCGCGCACUCGGAGCUGGAGAGGUGACGAAGGUGUGUAAUUCCAGCUGGUGCCAUAGCUCACGGGAGGGGGAGUCGGGGGGGGGCCCGCCUUUCGUAGUGACCUCAGAGCCUCUUGGUGGAGCCGCAGCCUGGUCGCACGGUGCACAGGGGCGCCCGUCAGUAUUGUGCAGGGGCCGCGCGCAGCCACCCGAGCCAGCUCCCAGCCCCAUUGCCAUUUGCAGCUGCUGGCGACGGUGGCUGUGCUCCGAACCACUUUUUAGCCAUUGUAUUUUCCUCCUGAUGAUAUUUUUUAAUGGACUUGGGUGUUUGCGCUGAUGAGUUUUUAUGUACUUUUGGGGAUGUCUCAGUCUUACGUCCUCCGCUGACGUCAGGAAAGUACCACUGUUUGUUUGCAGUCUGAUUGUGCAACCAGCCUCACGGCGUCCGUGUGUGAUACAGUCAUUAAUUCUGUGCGAGUGUAAGACACUUCUGUUAUGAAAGCAGUGUUUGGGAAAUAAGAAAUUAUUAAAAUGGUUACAAAAUACUAGUUAAUUUCCUCCCCACACUUUUCCUCCCUGAGGUGUUGCUUUUGCCAGCUGAAGGCUCGCCUGCGUGUCACCGCAGGGUUCUUAGACAAUGUGUUUAACCCUCUUACAUACACUUGGUUCUAAAGUCUGUAUUUCUUAUCUGGGGGACGCGGUUGAGUUCUGCGGGGUGCAGAGCACGAGCUGUGAGGAGGACGGAGAGGACCUUCCCACUGUCUCUCAAGAUGUACGGUUCCCCGUGUUUUGUUUUAUACAGGUUUUGGAUUUCUCUAACUUUUAUUGUGUGUACUGAAACUGCAUAUGUAUUAUUCUGAUUGUUUGCUCUAGUUUACUACCAAUAAAAGAACUGUUAAUCACAAAAUUGCAAA